UAAACCGCUUCUCGUUGUCAUCUGCUGUCUUUCAGUUAUUUGAAUUUCGAAGAAAAUAUAGACGACGACCCUUAGUACUUGCCUUCUUGGCUGUUGCUCCUUUUUGGGUUCUAGCUCAAGCUGAGGACUGAUCGGUGCAGAAUGGUUUUCAAGUUCCUGACCUUCGUUCCCAACAAUGAUCUUUAUAAUGUUAACCCAGGCUCGCCGGUGUGCCUCUCUGCUUUGUCUUCUGCCUCGUCAUCUCCUCGAGCCUGCAGCAAUUGCCUCGGCAGGAUCGGUUCCUCUGUGCAUCAGUCAAAUUCGCCUGCUGCUCCGCGAGUAGCGGAGACACGACAGACUCAGGAUCUUGCGAGAGUUGGAGUGAUGGAGGCAAGGAGUGGCCAGGAUUCAGGGGAGACGAGAUAUUCCGAAGGAACAUUUAUUGUGUCUGAGGACAAUCAGAAUUCUGAAAAAAUGGACUUCUUCUUUGACUAUGGAGAUGCAAAUCGAUAUAAAAUUCAAGAUGUCAUCGGGAAAGGGAGUCAUGGUGUUGUCUGCUCAGCAACUGACACUCAUACUGGUGAAAAAGUAGCAAUAAGGAAGAUACGCAAUAUAUUUGGGAGCAUAUCUGAUGCGGCUAGAGUUCUUCGUGAGAUUAAGCUGUUGAGGCUUCUACAGCAUCCUGACAUUGUUGAAACAAAGCACAUAUUGUUGCCACCAUCCGGAAGAGAUUUUAAGGAUAUUUAUGUUGUUUUUGAGCUGAUGGAGUCGGAUCUUCACCAAGCCAUUAAAGCAAAUGAUGACUUAACAAAGGAGCAUUACCAGUAUUUUCUUUACCAGCUACUUCGCGCUUUGAAGUAUAUUCAUACGGCAAAUGUCUUCCAUCGAGAUUUGAAACCAAAGAAUAUAUUGGCAAAUGCAGAUUGUAAGCUCAAAAUCUGUGAUUUUGGUUUAGCAAGGGUUGAGUUCAAUGAUACACCUUCCACCGUAUUCUGGACUGAUUACGUUGCCGCAAGUUGGUAUAGAGCUCCAGAACUGUGUGGAUUAUUUCCCUCCAAGUACACUUCUGCAAUUGACAUAUGGAGUAUAGCCUGCAUCUUUGCCGAAUUACUGACUGGGAAGCCACUGUUUCCUGGAAGAGAUGCUGUCCAUCAGCUGGAUCUAAUGACUGAUCUCCUCGGAACGCCUUCACAAGAUACUAUUAUAAGGGUCCAAAAUGAAAAGGCAAGAAGAUACUUAACUUGCAUGAGGAAAAAGCAGCCUAAGCCAUUUGAGCUGACAUUCCCAAAUGCAGACCCUUUAGCGCUGCGGCUAUUGGAAAGACUUCUUGCCUUUGAUCCAAAAGAUCGCCCUACUGCUGAAGAGGCAUUAGCCGAUCCAUAUUUCAAAGAACUAGCCAAAGUUGAAAGGGAACCUUCAUGCCAGCCCAUUGCAAAGAUGGAAUUCGAGUUUGAGAGACGAAGGGCUACCAAGGAGGAUAUACGGGAGCUAAUGUUCCGAGAAAUCCUGGAAUAUCACCCUCAACUGCUAAAGGGCUACUUGAAUGGAAACCGUCAGAUAUGAUAUAUUUCUCUUUAUUUACUUGAUUUGUCCAGAUGUGUACUUAAAGCAAGCUGGUUUAUGAGCUUUACAUGUCAUAUAAAGUGAAUAACUUGAUAUUACAGCAAACUACCAAGUUGAUAUGUCGAGAGUCGGGGUACCACCAAAAUCGGACAUCAUUCUUGCGAAUUUCUUCUCUCUUAUUUUUGAGACAUCUCUUACUCUAUUGGUUUGUGGACCUUAUAAUAUGUUAUGGCAUCUUAACUCGGUAUACCCCGUAGUUGACAUAUGGUGCAUAGGCUGCAUCUUUGCCGAUUUACUUGCUAGGAAGCCAUUGUUUCCAGGGAAAAAUGCUGUUCAUCAGCCAGACUUAAUAACGGAUCUGCUCGGAACACCAUCAUCAGAUAUUAUCUCGCAGAUUAAAAACGAGAAGGCAAGUAUAUACUUGACUGGUAUGAGGAAGAGGCAAACCGUUCCAUUCGCACAUAUAAUCCCCAAUGCGGACCCUAUAGCACCGCAGCUAUUGUAGUGGCUUCUCGCCUUUAAUCCAAAGGAUCGCCCGAGCUGUGACGAGGUUUGUGUCAAUGUAAGUACACUUCCAAACAAAUGUUUGCACUUGCGCUCGUCCACUGAGUUUGACAAUCAUGCAUAUAUAUCGACGGAGUGUGCUCUAGAGUUAAUAUGGCUGGACUUGCCGGCUUUUGAUAGUCUCGAUUUGAUCCAAUCCGAAUGUGAAUUUUUGUUUUA